AUGUUCAUCACACAUGGUUUGCGUGCCAUUGCAGCGGCUUCCACGCUCACGCUGAGGUAUACAGCUGUUUUAUUUACAAGAUUUCAUCCAAUUGGUCACAAGUACCUUGCUCGCGUAUACGCAAACUUUCUCGUUUAUUUUGCGUUCGUGGUUCCGGUAUUCUUGUUCUUUAGGUCACAGCGCAGGACAUUCAAGAGUCUGCCUGGGCUGUCGCUCUUACUGGGGUGGAUUGAUGGUCACCGCCCCGUUGAAAGCACAAUCACAAUAUUGCUAAAUUUAUUGUGCUUCGGUGCUGUUUUGGAUUUCCUGUACCGGGGGGAGCUGCUAUAUCAGAGCAAAGACUUCAACUUCUCCCGCGUCGGAUACGUCGAUGAGACGUCUGCCCGAGUUGUCAUCCGCAGCCCCUCCACAGCAGAAUGGUCGGCCGUGCAGGUGAGCUUGCGCUUAGCAGGGAACCCGGACUCGAACAUGGGCUCUCAGGUUGUUCAAAUGUCUAGCGAAAAUGAUUUCGUGGGCACUGUCACCUUUGCGGGUCUUCGUCCAGAGAGCACGUAUCUCUACACGACUAAUGCAAGUCAUGCAGGGACAUUCACUACUCCCCAAAAAUCGCCAAAGAGAUGGAGCCUCAUUUCUAGCAGCUGCAUUAAGCCCUUUUAUCCCUAUAACCCGCUAGAUUCUGCGUUGCGGGUCAAGGGCCUCGAACACCUAGACGACUUCAUCUCAUCAAACCCUGUUGACAUGAUGCUCUUCCUGGGAGACUUUAUAUACAUUGAUUUGCCCAUCGCACUCGGCUGGACAUCAGAUCACUACACGAGCGCUUAUCGGCAAAUCUAUGCUUCCAACAGCUGGUCGUCAAGGUUGCGCUCGUUGCCUUGGAUUCACGCCUAUGAUGACCACGAAAUCAUCAAUGACUGGUCUGCAAACGAGACUGGGUUGUAUCAGUCCGCCAUGAAGCCAUUUUGGAACUACCACGGCAAUGCGAAUCCAAUUUCCAAGUUCGGGCAGAACAAAACACACUAUAUCUUUAACAGGGGGGACGUCUCGCUGUUCAUGCUGGACACACGACGGUAUCGGUCCUCAAAUGCCGCUACGGACGGCUCACACAAGACCAUGCUGGGCGCCGAACAGCUACGCGAUCUGGAGCACUGGCUGAAGGCUGAGAAGCGCUGGAAGGUUGUCAUUAGUAGUGUACCAUUCACGCGCAACUGGCGAGGCCCGGACUCGGCAGACAGCUGGUCGGGCUACCUUUGGGAGAGGGGUCGCAUCUUGGACGCCAUGCGACAGACGCAGGGGAUUGUUAUUCUGAGUGGUGACCGCCAUGAGCAUGCGACGACUUUAUUCCCGGCAAAGAACAAGUGUGAAACCCCAGUCAUUGAGUUUUCUACAUCACCGCUUAACCAAUUCUUUGAACCCUUUGAUCGCUUCCACAAGCAAAUUGAGGACACUGAUAUCUCAAUCUACUCACACCCUCGGGGAAACUCAAAGUUUGGCGCCAUAACCUUUGACACGUCCGAUGAGCGAAAAUUAAUGGUGCAUUACAAACUUAUCGUCGACGGGAAGCAAGUGUGGGAGUAUGAUUGGGUGUAUGACCGGUAA